AUGUCCGAUUUGAAAACCGAUGCCCUGGAGGAGUACAACCCUUUUGGGGAUCCAUUAGCAUCGGCUACAGUUCAAUCGAGUCGCCAACCGGCUAUGCUUCCUCCAACGGAUGAUAAUUCGCCUCCCCCGGCCUACAAAAAAGAUUUGAGUCUUGAUAAUGGCAUGAUGGCUGAGUCACGUGAUAUGAACCUUUCCGGUGCACUAUUGCCCUCGUCUCAGCCAAUUAUGACCGUCGCUGAUCUCCAGCGCAGGCAGGCUGAACUCGACCAACGUGCAGCUCAGCUAGAUCUACGCGAAAAGUACGCUCAGCAACAGGAGGCAUGGCGCCUUGAGCAUGGCUAUGGCACCGCAGAAAUUCCUAACUGGCCACCCCUGCCAAGAUGGUGCUGCGUAAAGCCCUGUGUGCGGGUCGACUUCAACUCGGACAUCCCCUCGCAGUGUCGGUGGCUGGCGCUCUAUAGUCACUACUUCUGGCUUGCCUACUCUCUCCUCCUUCUGUUCAACGUCGUGGGCACACUGUGUUAUCUCAUUGUCUCCACAACUCUCACCGAAGCCGGCCCCCUGUUCGGAGUCGCUAUCGUGGUGUUUCUCAUCCUCACGCCGGCGAGCUUCUUUUGCUGGAACCGGCCUCUUUAUAAGGCGCUCAAGAAAAACAGUUCAAUGCAAUUUUGCAUCUUCUUCCCCAUGUUCGGCGCGCAAAUCCUAAUCAUCUUUAUUCAGCUUCUGGGCAUUGACUACCUGGGUGCCUGUGGCUGGAUCAACUCGCUGAAGGUCUUCACAACGCACCAUGGAGUGGGAUCCUUCAUGCUCGUCUUAGCUUCCCUCUACUCAAUCGCGGCCGCAGCCGCCGUCUACCUGCUUCUUCGGGUCCACAUGUUCUACCGUGGCUCGGGUGCGAAUAUUCGUCGCGCGAAGCAGGAGUUGGCGCACGGCAUGGUCGACUCGGGCUUCACCACUGUCUCUUGA